AUGUGUUAUACAAAGGAGCCCUCAGCAGACGUCAAGCUGGCGACCGUAGCAGCAAAGAAGGGCAAGAAGGUGGAGGAGGAGGAGCAGCCUGCAGCCCCUGCAGCAGCAGAGGCAGCGGCCGUAGCUCCUCCACCUGAAGCAGCAGCCGCCGCCGCCACCGCCACAGCAGCUGCAGCACCACCAGAGGAGGAGGAAGAGGAGGAGUAUGUGGUGGAGAAGGUGUUGGACCGCCGAGUGGUGAAAGGCAGAGUAGAGUUUCUGCUGAAAUGGAAGGGCUUCUCAGAGGAGGACAACACAUGGGAGCCGCAAGACAACCUGGACUGCCCGGACCUCAUUGCAGAGUACAUGCAGAAACACAAAGAGAAGGAGGAGAAGAAGAAGGAGGGCAAGAGGAAAGUGGCCAGCGAGACCACAGGAGACUCAGAGGAGCGAGGGAGCAAGAAGAAGAAAGAGGAGGAGAAGGCCAGAGGUUUCGGCAGAGGUCUGCAGCCGGAGAGGAUCAUCGGAGCAACAGACUCCAGUGGAGAGCUGAUGUUCCUCAUGAAGUGGAAGAACUCUGAUGAAGCCGACCUGGUCCCCGCCAAGGAGGCUAACGUCAAAUGUCCCCAGGUGGUCAUCUCUUUCUACGAGGAGCGCCUCACCUGGCACUCCUACCCCACAGAGGAGGAGGAGAAGAAAGAGGAGGAGAAAAAAGACUAGGAGGAGGUGGUGGAGGAGGAGGUGGAGGAGGAGGAGGAGGAGGAGGUGGUGCUGCAGAGAUGAGAAGAAAGGAAGUGUGGAGGUGCAUUGCUGGUAAACUGUUAACCGCUAGUAAUUGAUUCUAGCAGCCUCUUUGGGACAACCCCAGUUGUUUGGGAUUAAACUGCUAAUGGUGCUGUGGUGAAAGAUGUUCCUGCCCUAAAAGGAGACAGGGUCAUUUCCUCAAAAGAUGCUCCAUACUGUCUCUCCACUUCGGGAAAUCUCUUUGUGCCGCUCGGUUUCUUUAUUUUCUACAUAAUGCCGUUCUUCAGUCAAACUUUUAAACUGUACAUUUUACCAUGACACAGACAGCUGGACAUAGAUGAGGUCAAUUAGGUGACGUCUUCACACGUCCUACAAGCUAAUAUGGCGACCAGCCAGUGUUCAAACACCCAAUGCUUGUACUUUGCUUCCUGUUACAUUCUUUUAUUACAAACUAACCUGUAUUAUAUCAAACUAUUAGUUGUGGAUUUGUGCUCAUUUGGUGGAGGUUCAGAGGCAAACCUGUAAAACUGUCUAUCUGCCAUAUUUCUGUCACAGUGUUUGUCAAAGGACUCCCUCAGCAAGUAAAGUGUACAGUCCAGUUCAUUCAAUGGCAGCUGCGGCUGGUUCGACUCCCAUAUUUCUCAAGCCUUUUAAUCAUUUUAUGGAAUUCCUUUUCAAUGGAACUGAGGCUGGUUGGAUAGCUGCCAAAGGGCCUGGUAGAGUAUAAACAGUCGGCAUCUGGCAGGUUUUUAAUUUUCCACACUGCUAGCCGGGCACACUGGAUGUCUUCAGGUGAAGAGCUGAGAUUGCCCAUUGACCCGUAGAUUAUCCUACAACCUGAAAUAGAGUGGUGCAGUGAUGAUGUAUUUGUGUUGGCCUACCUGGAAGUAGCACGGCAAGGACUCCCUCCACAGAGAACGAUGGGAUUUCAGACCUUUUGCCAACAAAUUGUGAAAGUCUUGUAAGCUUGUGUUAACCACAGAUUUUAAUAGAGGUAUUUCAACAAAAAUGACUGAGACGAGGGAACCGGAAGUCGUAAAAUGUUAAAUCAUUUCAGGGUUUAAGGACUCAUUCCUGCACCACUCAAUAGACACUCCUCUUGGCCUUUCCUUACAGUUUGCAAUCCCUGAUACCAGCGCUAAAGUUUAUUUUUUUAAUGCAGUUUCUCUAGAAGUGAGAUGCAGGGUUGAAUUAAAAGCCAGCCAGAGUUAAAUGUGUCCUGUUUUUAUUUGAGUGAGACUUAAAACGCCAUAUCGCAAGAAUACCUAUUAUACUGAGUGGCAAGCUUUUCUGUUGGAGGAUCAGCGAACAUGUUAAGCUAACGCCAGAUUGUCAAAUGAAACGUUGGACUAGACAACUAUUAGUGUGGGAGCCAUAUGUCAGUGAACCGCUCAUUUACUCUGCCAGCCAUGUUAGCACCAACCAGCCUGUUAGGGUGGAGGUGGAAGGGGUAUGUAAUAGUCCUGAUACCUAAGCCGGUAGAUGGAGAUUCCCUGCGCCGCCACUCAGAAUACCCAUGCAAAAACACAACUGGGUUCUACUACUUUUCCACAUCUUUUUUAGUUUUAACCUUUCGCACUCACUAGGCUACCUGUUUGUUUUCUACGCUAAGUUUUUCUCGGCCUGCGCAGCCGGGCAACAAUCAGACGUGAUGAAUUAGCUCACUCAAAGUAUUUCCUGGUUACUUUAACAUAUGUAAAGACUUGCAUUUUUUAAAUGGUCUGUAUUUAGUUUGAACACAAGAGUUUUUUCACUGUAGCUAAUAUUUCCCAUCGCCUUGUGUUGAAUGUAGCCCGGCUGUGCUUAUUUCAGUGUAUACUAUUAAAGCUAGCAUCGUUGCUUUCUCUAUUAGCAGACCCUGGUUGGCUACUUCGAAUAUCCUUUCUCUGAACCGUUUGCUUUGAGGGUUUUUAGCUGCUGAAGUCUUAACUGACAUGAAUAGAAAAUUGUGUUGUAAUAAGUGCUGGGCAACAAUUAAAAAAUGUUUAAAUGCGA